UCUCUCUUCUACUUGCUCUGCUUUUUUUUCAUUUCUCUCUUUACAUUGUUUCCUCCUUCCUCCCCUAAAUUGUUUCUCUAUUAGAGAGAGAAAGAGAAGAAGAAAAAAAAUGGUGGAUGAGUUUAUGGUUUGUGUUGAUAGGAUUAUAAUAGCAACAACAUGUUUUGAAGAUUCAUCAGUUAAUAAUAAUGGUGGUGGGAGAGAAACCCUAUUGAAUACUGAUGCUGUAAAUGCAAAUUCUAAUGUUGAAAUCAUCAAUUUAAGAACAACCCAUGAAGAAAAAUUUAGUAAUAAUAGUAGUAGUAAUGGUGAUGGUGGAGAGGGUUGUUCGAAGAUUAGUGUUAGAGAGUGUAGGAUUUGUCAAGAAGAAGAUGAAGAAAAUGACAUGGAAGCUCCUUGUGCCUGUAAUGGCACUCUUAAGUUUGCUCAUAGGAAAUGUAUUCAGAAAUGGUGCAACAAAAAAGGUGACAUCACCUGUGAAAUCUGUAAUAAGGUCUUUUCACCAAAUUAUACCCUUCCACCUGCAAGGAGCAACCCUGAUGUAAUGUCAAUUGAUAUCAGGCAAGCAUGGGGACCAGGCAUGGAUAUUAGAAAUCCUCAUUUUCUGGCUUUUGCUGCAGCUGAGCGUCAAUUCCUGCAAUCAGAGUAUGAUGAUUAUGCCAUAGCUAGCAGUGGGAGUCUAGCAUGUUUCCGCUAUGUUGCAAUCAUUUUGAUGCUACUCUUGCUGAUACGCCAAACCUUGAUGGUCACAAGGGACUUUGCAAUGGUGCAGGACCCAUCGACAUUCUUCAAUUUUCAGAUUUCACUUCUUCAGCUGGCGGCUUUCCUCCUCCCUUCUUAUGUAAUGGCUCGGACAUGGUAUAUGAUACAAUGCCGAAGAAGGAGGCAGGGUUAAGAUGGACGAUGUUUGUCGUCUCUUAUGGGGUGAAUGCUGCUGUACAUCAACCUUCCCUUUUCGAAAGAUUAUCUGUAUUUAUCUUCCCCAGGUGCAACGUUAAGUUAGCACGUUGGUCCUGCAAAUUGCCUUAGCUCUUUGAGCUCUACAUAUAAGCUCUUCCCUAGUCUCUCCUUAGCCGUGAACUCGGAUGCAAAUGUAAAUGUGAGGAUUUCAGUUCACAGGCUGUUUCUUUGUUCUGUAAUCUCAGUUUUAUUGGAUGCCAUUAAAACAAUUGGCAGUCCAUAUGAAAUUUCUAAUGGAACAGCAAGUUUUCUGCAUUUUGUUCAGGGUAUAAUGCUUCACUCAAAUAUGUAAAUUUUAUAUCAUAAGCUUAUUAUUUGAAUUGUUAUUA